CCACCAGAGCCAGAGCAGGGCCCUGGGGAGAUGGCUGUGGUCCCAGCAACGGAGAGAACCAAAGAGACCGUGCCGCAGCCCCAUGUCUCAGCCAGGGCUCCCUUCCCCAGCUCCCACCUGCGGAUGUGAUGGCGGCUCCUGCUCUGUCCUGGUGUCUGUCCCUCCUCGCCCUCCUCCUGGCCCUGGCCGUCCCUUGGGUGUCCACAGCAGAGAACGACACUUCCAGGUUCACAUGCUUCUACAACUCCAAAGCCAACAUCUCCUGCGUCUGGAACUGGGAUGGGGGCCUGCAGCCUACAUCCUGCCGCAUCCACGCCCAGCCAGAUCAACGGCCCUGGAACAAAUCCUGUAAUCUGCUCCAAGUGGGGCCGUCAUCCUGGGCCUGCAACCUGAUCCUCGGACCCCCAAAUGCUCAGAAACUGACCGCAGCGGACGUCAUCAACAUGAUAGUGAUGUGCCUCGAAGGGAAGACGUGGAGGAUGAUGACGACCCAGGACUUCAAGCCCUUUGACAACCUUCGCCUGUUUGCCCCUGACUCCCUCCGAGUCACCCACACAGGGACCCAGAAAUGCAACAUAACCUGGACCGUCUCCCAGUCUUCCCACUACAUAGAAAACGACCUGGAGUUUGAGGUCCGGACGAGGCUCCAGGACCAUAGCUGGGAGGAGGCCUCCCUGUGGAUUAUCAAGCAGAACCAGCAAUGGAUCAGCCUGGAGACACUCCUUCCAGACACCCGAUAUGAGCUUCAGGUGCGAGUGAAGCCCCAGCUCAACAGCCACGAGGUUUGGAGCCCCUGGAGCCAGACCCUGGCCUUCAGGACGAGACCUGCAGAGAAGGAGACACUCUCCUGGCUGGGCCACCUCAUGGUGGGCCUCAGCGGUGCCUGUGGCUUCGUCAUCUUAGUCUACUUGCUGGCCAGCUACCGGCACCUUGGACUAUGGUUGAAGAAGGUUCUGAAGUGUCACAUCCCAGACCCCUCAGAGUUCUUCUCCCAGCUGAGCUCAGAGCACGGAGGAGAUUUCCAGAAGUGGCUUUCCUCGCCUUUCCCCUCAUCAUCCUUCAGCCCCAGUGGCCUGGCGCCUGAGAUCUCCCUGCUGGAGGUGCUGGACAAGGAUGCCAAGGCCACACAGCUGCUCCUGCAGCAGCAGGACAAGGGGCCUUCGCCUGCCCUUGAGACCAGUGGCCACUCUUCACUGACCAGCUGCUUCACCAACCAAGGCUACUUCUUCUUCCACCUCCCGGACGCGCUGGAGAUUGAGGCCUGCCAGGUGUACUUCACCUACGACCCCUGUGCCGAGGAGCCCGAUGAGGGGGGGUCUGGGGCGCCUGAGGGGUCUCUCCUCCCUCCCCUGCCGCCUCUGCCAGCAGAGGACCAUGGCUACUGCACCUUCCCCCCCGGGGAAGACCUGCUGCUCUUCUCCCCAAGUCUCCCUGUCGGCCCCCCAAGCACGACACUGCGGGGUGCCGGGGCCAGUGAAGAGAGGCGGCUUCCCUCCCUGCAUGAGGGGGUCCCCAGAGACUGGGCCCCCCAGCCCCUGAGGCUUCCCACCCCGGGAGCCCCUGACCUGGUGGAUCGCCAGUCGCCUCUGGAGGGUAUACCAGGAGUAGGGGGAGAGGAGGGCCCAGCCCCUCGCCCUGGGGAGGGGGCUGGCUUCCCCUGGGCCGGCCCUCCCAGGCAAGGCCAGGUCAGAGUCCCCACAUCCUGCCUGACGCUAAAUACUGAUGCCUACCUGUCCCUCCAAGAGCUCCAGAAUCAGGACCCAGCUCACUCUCUGUAGGCAGACAGCCAGGGGUGGGGGGCAGGUGGCUGCCUACUGUUGCUCCAGAUCCAGUUGAGGACUCUCUGUCCUCAGGUUUGUACAUUGCUGAGACACUUGGUGUCCGGUUGCCCCAGGGACAUCUCUGUCCAGAUGGACCCCACCCAGCCCUGCACACUCGACCAUUCACUUCCAAACCUCAACUGCUGCUCCCUGGGCCUACUGCCCAAGCCAGGAACUUUGACUGCUCCCCUCCCUUGCCAAUCAUGGGGUUCCCUGGGUUUUGCCUCUGAAGCAUCUCUCCUCUCCAGCCUGUGGCUGCUCCUCAGGGAGAGUUCUCAGGGUUCUCCAGGGGUCUGCACCCCAGCCUCCUGAUGGGGCUUCCAGCUCAGUGUCAGCCCCUCUCACCCACCCUCCACAGGGUGGCCCGAGCAGUCUUUCUGAAAUGCAAAAUGGCUGUGCUGCCCUUGUUUAAAACCCCGCUGUGGCUCUCCCCUGCCCUCAGCCCCACUUCAUGGCCUACCUUUUGCCCCAUCCGUAUCAUAUUGGGUCAUUUCCUUCUGGAACCCUCUCAGUGGUCCUCCUGGUUCCCUUGGAGCUUCCUCAUGCCUCCACACCUCCCCUGGAGGAAACGCUGCCUCCCUUAAUGUGCCCAAACCUUGAGUUUCAGUGCUGGAGGGACAAACUCUCAGGGUCACAGAGAAGCUGGACAGAGCAGGCCUUGGUAUCUCUCCUGAUCUCAGAAUGCUUGGCUACUACAUCUUUAGUGCUGUGGCCCAGGCAUGGACACAAAUCCCCUAGCAAAGUAGACAGCAGCUGGAUCCUUCCCCAGCGGCUUCGGAGAGUCAUCAGACAUGCUGCUAGAAAGAAACCCGUCUUGGUGGCAGGUCCUGAUGCUAUCACAGGGAACCCACUCCUGGGCCCCUCCUACUCUACCUUCCACUGCAGGGUCUCUUCUGCAGCCCAGGAGCUGGCACACCUCCAGAAGGGCAGCUCUGUUCACUGCACUUGACACAGGGUGCUUGGCACCUCACUAUGUUCCUCGGAUGAGUUAAUGAACUGCCUGGCACCAUCUUGCCUGGGUUCCCUGUGCCCAGCUUCCUUCUCAUAGGGGGCACCAUCCACCUCACAGGAGCACCCUGGGCACCUUGACCCUUUUGAGGUCAAGACUUGGAGAGGCGAAGCCUCAUGCCCACUAGCUUCCAGUAUGCUGGCUCCAACAAGGGACUCUUCCCUUCACGUGGCAAUCCUCCCCCACUCCCCACUUCCCUUGCAGGGGUCCCCACCACCCCUCUAUUUCGUUUUCCUCUGUCCCUAGCAUUGAUCACAACUGUGAUGUCUUCCAUAAUUUACCCUCUUGUUGCGGGGCGGGGGGAGUGUAACUCACCUUAGAAUUCAUUCUUAAGACAAAUUCUAAGCUAGGAGAGCGCAGUGCCUGAAUUUAUAGACCCCACUCGCAGCUGAUUGGGCAUUUGACGCAAACACCGCCCGCCCCCCCGCACCGCAAGAGGCUUACCAGCAUCCUAUGAGGUGGCUUAGAAAAAAAGCUCUGUCCAAUCAGGGAAGCCAGGCCUGAGCUGGCCAAUCAGAUUUCUUUGUCUUGGGUAUUUGAACUCAGCGCGGGACUGAGGGCCUGGGAGCAGGUGCAAGUGGAAAGGGCACAGGGAAA